GAGAAAAGGACAAAAAGAAAGUCCAAAAUAUCCUUAAAAAAUGGCCACCUGUCCGCCCCAGCAGAACAUCCAGUCACCCCUCAAUCCCUCAUCCAUUACUCCCACUCCGUCAAACCUCCGCCGUCCCCACCACCACCCCCACUUUGGCCCCACUCCCACUGCAAAUAUACCCCGUUCCCCACUUCUCCUCUCCCUCUUUAUUAGCCUUCAUCCGUAUCCCCUCCUCCCCUGCAAAUCCCCUCCUUUCCCUUUCGCUCAAGAUAUGGCUGCUGUUAAGAAAUCCUUGCCGGAUUUCUCGCUGCCGUCGGAUUUUUUCUCCGACAGCGACGUUUUCCCGGAGAAAUACCGGAAGCCUGACACUGAUAUCUGUUUCCCGGCCGAGUUCCCGUAUGACCUCUGCUCCUCUCCGGCCGGAUCUGCCGAGAGUGACGACGACGAGUUUCUUUCCAGUUUGACCCGCCGGCUUGCUCUGUCUUCUUUGCCGGAGGACACUCUGAACUCCUCCUCCUCCUGGCAAAAUCACUUUGAGGCAUGGCUGCUCUCGCGGUCGCCGGAGAAGACUUUGAGAAGAGAAAGAAGCUGGUCGGGUCGAGGCUCCGGCACACUGAACGGGCCCUCGCUGAUAUCCUCUCCCACUACGCCGCUCGGCUUUAAGAAAGAUUCGUGGGAUCUGAUACUUCAGGCCGCCGGUCGAGUUGCGGCGCUGCAAAUGAGGGCCGGAGAGGAAUCUCUGAUCGAUCACCGUCUUCCGGGUCAUCGGACUUUUCCCCUGUUCUCGCCGCCGCCGCACAAAGCUAGAGGAGUUGGGCCGUUUGUUUCUAGCAACGCCGCCUCCUUGCAGGGCAGGCCAGGUACUAUGCCAUACGGCGGCGCCGGCGGCUCUUGCGUCGGCGGAGUGAAGAGAGAGCGUUCUGGGACCGGCGUUUUCUUGCCGAUGCCAUAUGCAAGUGACACUAGUACCCAUCGGUAUCCUAUGAAUUCCGGCCGCAACAAAGCAGGCUUCUGCCCAAAUGCUAGGGCUGUUCCUUCUACACCCAACAACUUUCGCGACAUCAUUGGCUCUACUCAACCUCGUCUAAACAUCAACUUUGUUUCGGAUUAUGAUGUGAUGCUUGCAAGAAGGAAUGCCGCACUGCUAGCGCAAAACAAGAAAGACUUUCGCCCCGAAAUAAUGCUUCCCCAGGAAUGGACCUAUUGACACUGCUGAGGUUUUUUUUAACAAGAAGUGGUCUUUUAGGACAAUAAUUAGUGAUCAAGUACCUAAAUAAAUAGUAGAUGCAAUAACAAAUCUUGGGGUUUUAAGGGUUAAGAGAAGGAAAAGAUGAGAUUUUUUAUAAUAUUCUUUUGGGGUUUUAUUGAGGUUUCAGAAACAUAUUCUGAAAGGGUUUGGUUUCUUUGCAUUUCUUGGCAAAGGACAGCAGAAUGAGGAAUAUAGUUAGGAGUUAUUAUUGAUAAGUGGAUUAAUUAAGAUGGGAUUUUCUUUGUUUUCUUUGUUUUCUUGAUUUCUUUGGUGGAGUAUUAAAUAAAGUUGGUUUAAAGCAGACAGGCAGAGCCAUUCCUUGUACUGAAGUGUUAAAUGUGUAAUAAGAAAAAAAUGGUUACUUUUGAAGCACACUUUGUUUAAAGUCAUUGAAGAAGGGCAUUGAAUGGGUGCAUUGUUUCUUCUGUGACUUCGUUUUUAAUUCCCUCACCAAACUCCCAAUUCUGCCAUUCAAUAUCUCUUGACUUUGGAAUCUGGUGCUUCUUGGGCAGGGCAUUAAUGGCAGCCAAACACACUUUAAUUUAUGUUGGCAUAGUGUCAUGCAAAAGAGUUGUAUCCCAUUAUGAGGGCAUGUUUGUAAAGGGUGUGUUUGUUGGAGUGGAAAUCAGGUGUGAAGGAAUUGGAAAUUUUCCAAAAUUUUACACCUAUGGUCUCCCUAUCUACUUGAAAGAGAAUGAAUAACAUUUUUAUUGGGGA